AUGUUACCACCCCGCCUCAUCUUCACCCGUUCCCUCCUCCGGCCCCGUCUCUCCUUCCUCCACCCCCGCGGCCCUCGCCAGCCGCAGUCGGUGGUCACCAAGACACAAAAGAAGAAUCUCCAUCAAAAAAAGGCAAACGGCCAGGACGCUGAAGACGACUUUGGAGGACCGUCUGGUCAGGAGGUGUAUCCUUAUGCUAGUGCUGUUCAUCGGAAGUACGCAACUCGCACCGCCGUCGGCGUAGCUGCUACCUGCGCCGUACUCUACAGCUCCAAGAUGAUGGAGCGCAAGGGUUUCUAUCACCAGCCUGGAGACCGGUACGUGUUGACGCAUGAUAAUACCAAGGGAGAGCUGGGGGAUGUUAUGAGGUUGAGGGUUAGGAAUGGGCGGGUUAUGUGA